AUGGUUUCAAACAGGAGCUGGGCAAGAACCCCACCUGUUGUACCUACACGGUGGCAGACGACUCACCGGGUUCGGGUUCCCCGAUUUGCAAGAUCUUCGAGGUCAAUUGGCCCGCCGGGUUUCUCUCCGGCCGCCACGCGGCAUGACACGGCGGCUCACCCUGAUAUCCUCAAUGAGAUUCUGCAUACUGUUGGUAGCAGCACUCUUGACGACCCCUCACAACUAAACGGUAAUAUCGACAGUGAUACUUGUCCUGCAGCUCACGACGGCCCUGAUGCUGCUGGCACCUGGGAGACCGAGCCCGGUGGGGUUUACAUGGCGUUGGAAAUGAAAGUUAACGGAACGGUCGGUUGCGCAUACUACGUUUCUGAUACGGCAACGGUGUAUCUUCAAGACGACACGCGGGUUGUCGGACUCGAGCUAGUUGAAUCGCUGCUUUUUCAAGUCCGACCUACCAGCAUCAUCGUCCCAAGCCGCGCUCAGGGUGCGUUGGUAGACCUCCUUGAUCAUCUCGCCGGUGACAACACCGACACUGGCUUGGGUGAAGACGCGGAGCGUGGUUUUAAACUACGCUCCGUUGUGUCAUCCGACUUCAACCCAGGGCUUGGAAGGCAGCUUCUGGCACACCUGGAUGAUGCCAAACGUUUCAAAGCGGGCUCGGCCCAUUUCACAUCCGCUGUGGAAGACGUAGAGGGGAAUGACAGCCGCGAUGCUGUUCCUGCGCACCUCAGAGACGGUAGAAACACGCGGAAUAAACUUAUCCACCUAGGUACAUUCAUUAAUUUGGAUGGCCAGGUUUCCCUAGGUUGCGCGAGUGCGUUAAUCCGCGACCUCGAAAGAAGGCAAGCUACCACAAUAGGCUUACACGCGAAGCAAAUUCAUAUUCGAUCUGUUCUGACAGUAACAUACGAUGACUACAUGUUUGUUACAGCUGAGGCCUUGCUAUCGCUACAGAUUUUUCGCCCAGAUCUACGAUACGCCACUAGAACGGGCGCAGCGAUGAGUAACAACGGCAGCAUGGCUGGUACAUUACGUGGCAAACGCUCCGUCUUCGACAUGUUCUGUUCCCUGACCAUCACUUCGCAAGGACGUUGCACACUGCGCGAAAUGUUUGUUCAUCCGAGCACAGACCUUGCACUCAUCAAUGCGCGCCAGCAGUCUAUCUCAAACCUCCUAGACUCGAAAGGCCAAGAAUCAGUAGGAGUUAUCCGUGCGGCACUGAAAAAGGCCAAGAACAUUCUGCCCAUCCUGGCCCACCUUCGAAGAGGACUUUACUUUUCUGGACACUUCUCCUUGAUCAAGGAAAGUACCUGGGCGAACCUCCAAGACUUUUGCUCUGCUAUUUUGCAGAUCUUACUUGUGGGAUACAAAAUUUGCACCGUCUUUGACAAGGUACGCCUUGGCAGUGAACGCUCUUUGCGGAUUGGAAGGCCGGCUCUAGGUGAAAUCGACUCCGAGGCAAUUUUUCAAAUUCAAGAGAAGCUGGCUACGACGAUCGAAUUUCAAAAGUCGAGAUCUUGUGGUCGUAGUGUCGUUGCUCGAGGAGUCAGCCCUGAGCUCGAUGCACUCGGGUCCACGUAUAGCAGUCUUCAGGUUCGUCUCGAAGAGAUUUGCCAAGAGCACAAAGCCAGGCUGAGAAGCAGCGCUCAAGAUGAUAUCGUGGGGUGGAUUUUUCACCCUCGAAAGGGAUAUCUCCUCGUCGCAUCUGCCAUCAUCCGUGAUCACGGUGAUAACAGCAGUGACAGUAAACCUGCCUUGGACGACGAUCUUGGGUUUGGCUCCUGGGAAGAAAUAUUGCGAGACGACGGACUUUUGUACUUCAAGACUCCCAGCUUGUGUGAUGUAGACAAGGAGUUUGGAGAUCUAGCCGGACGGAUGCUUGAUCUUGAAGUGGAAGUGCUCCACUGUCUCGGAUCUGAGAUUUUGAAAAGGGAAGAAGCGCUGAUUUGUGCAUCCAACGCCAUUGGGCACAUCGACAGCAUUCUUGCUCUUUCCAAUGGAGCGAAAUCGUUCCAACUUGUUCGCCCGCAAAUGACCGAAGAAAAUGUCCUAUACAUUCGGAAAGGUCGUCAAUUAUGGCAAGAGACGGACCGAGCAAGUUUUGUGGUGAAUGACUGCCAGCUGUCAGGUGGCUCGGGCGAUCCCGCGGAAGACAUGGAUUGCGAUUGCUCACCUAUUCAAGACACAGACAACAGCACUCCAAGUACUGUUGUAUUGACAGGGCCCAACAAUUCUGGAAAAAGCGUCUAUCUAAGGCAGGUCGCGACGAUUCUGUUUCUUGCACACGUUGGAAGCUAUGUACCAGCGGAAGAGGCCGUUGUCGGCAUCACAGAUAAGAUUCUAACCAGAAUUGUCACACGGGAGAGUGUUUCGCGUAAUGAAAGUACGUUCGGAGUCGAUCUACGGCAAGCUGCAUUUUCUAUCAAUGCUGCGACGCGGAAAAGUCUUAUUCUUAUGGACGAAUUUGGAAAAGGCACGGCCACGGUUGACGGCGCGGCGUUGUUCGAUGCGCUGCUUGACCACUUUCUCCGCAUUGGGCAAAACGAAGCCCCAAAGGUACUUGCCGCAACACAUUUCCACGAAAUAUUCAAGCGCCGAGGAUUCAAACAGCACCCACGUCUAGGACUGUUCUAUAUGAGCGUGGCAGUAAGACCAAUCGCCUCGAAGCCCGAAGAAAAGGUGAAGUUUCUUCACAUACUUAGGGAAGGAAGAAGCACGGAGAGUUUUGGUUGCCACUGUGCGGCCAUAAGCGGUGUCACGCCUACUGUCGUUGAAAGGGCCAGCCAAAUCGCAACGUUGCUUGGACAAGGCGGUAGCCUUUCGAAAGUUUCCUUGCUGUCCCAAGUGGAGGGGUUUGAAAAGAUGAAGGGCAACGAAUACUGUGCACGCCGCUUUGUUGUGGGAAUGGCGAAAGCAGUAAAUUCAAGUACCGAUUUACGAGCUCCGCGUGAGCUACUCCGGUAUGUCUUAAAUGGGAAUAUGUGA